UUUUUUUUUUUCCUUUACUUCUUUUUUUUUAUUAUACAUUUAUAUACAUAGUAUAAUGACACUUUUCAAUCCACCCUAUACCGUACCUGUUGCUGGAUUGGAGAAAAAGCCUGGUGAAACAGCCGUCAUGCGCCAUUUCAAAUUCGCAGACAAGUUACUUGAUCAUCCUGAUCAAAUCUAUACUCUAUGGGAUCUUUAUCUUUGUGGAAAUAAAGUGGGUGGUGAUAAACCUUUCUUGGGUGCUCGACGUAUGGAAAAUGGGGAAGCAAAAGAAUAUGUAUGGCAAAGCCAUAAGGAAGUACGUACCCGUGUGGAAAAUUUUGGAAAAGGGUUACUUCAACUUGGAUUAAGUCGACAAAAAGCCAUUGGUGUUUAUGCUAUCAAUCGACCUGAAUGGACUAUGACUGAACUAGCUAGUUAUCGUCAAGGUUUUAUGAUUGUUGCUUUAUAUGAUACUCUUGGUGCUGAAGCUAUUGAACAUAUUGUCAAUCAAACUGAAAUGGAAUAUAUUGUCGCCACUGCUGAUAAACUCAAUAAUAUCACUCAAUUAAAGGAUCGAUUACCUACUAUCAAACAUGUUGUCAUUAUGGAAAAUUCCGUAGAUCCUGCUCAAAAAGAAAAAGCUGAAAAAGCAGGUUUGAUCAUUCAUACUUUUAAUCAAGUUGAACUUAUUGGUGCUGAUAUUAAAGAAGAAUCUGCUUUACCUUCAUCUGAUGAUAUUGCCACUAUUUGCUAUACAAGUGGUACAACUGGUGUUCCCAAAGGUGCUGUUUUAACUCAAGGAAAUUGUGUGGCAUCUAUUUAUGCUGCUGCUGCUAAUGGUGAAUCCGGUGCCUUUGCUAAUGUCACUUCUUCUGAUGUUUAUAUUUCUUAUCUUCCUCUUGCUCAUGUAUUUGAACGUACUGCUCAAGGUCUUCAUAUUUAUCGUGGUGCUGCUUUAGGUUAUUAUCAAGGUGACACUACCAAAUUAUUGGAUGAUAUUGCUGAAUUAAAACCUACUGUGUUUUGUUCCGUUCCUCGUUUAUUCAAUCGUAUCUAUGAUAAGGUAUUAGCAGGUGUCAGAGCCAAGGGUGGUAUCAGUAGUUAUUUAUUCUUCAAGGCUUUCAAUUCCAAAAAAUCUUAUCUUAACAAGACUGUACAUCAUUGGUUAUGGGAUCGUGUUGUCUUUGGACAAAUUCGAUCCAAAUUAGGAGGACGACUUAAAUUUAUUCUUAGUGGAUCAGCACCUGUUUCACCAGACGUGAUGGAUUUCAUGCGUAUCUGUUUCUCGGCGGCUGUAUAUGAAGGAUAUGGACAAACUGAAAACUUUUGUGGUGGAUGUUUAACUUUGACGGAUGAUACUACAUCAGGUGUUGUAGGUGCUCCUUUCCCUUGUUCUGAAUUCAAGUUGGUGGAUGUUCCUGAUAUGGAUUACCUUUCUACCGAUAAACCUUAUCCCCGUGGUGAACUUUGUAUUCGUGGUCAUUCUGUGAUGCGUGAAUAUUACAAAACUCCUGAUAAAACUGCAGAAACUUUAGAUACAGAUGGUUUCUUACAUACUGGUGAUAUUGCUAUGAUUGAUGAAGCUGGUCGUGUGGUCAUCAUUGAUCGUCUUAAGAAUAUUUUCAAAUUAUCUCAAGGUGAAUAUAUUGCUCCUGAAAAGAUUGAAGGUGUUUAUCAAAAACAUGAACUUGUGGCUCAAGCCUUUAUUUAUGGUGAUUCUUUACAAGCCUCCUUGGUUGCUGUGAUUGUACCUGACAAGGAAACAUUUGGUCCUUGGGCAAAGGAUUUGGCCAAUGGUGAAGAUAUCUACCGAUCUGAUGCCGUCAAGACUGAAUUGAUCAAAACCUUGACUGCCUUUGGUAAACAAAAUGAUCUCAAGGGCUUUGAACAAAUGCGUGCAUUAUAUUUGACUUCUGAAGAAUUCUCCGUUGAAAAUGAUCUAUUGACGCCUACUUUCAAGCUCAAACGUGAAAUUGCUCAAAAGGUGUACAAGAAAGAAAUCGAGGACAUGUAUCAAUCUUUAUCCAAUGGUCGUAGCUUCAACUGAAUGGAUUUCCAUUUAUUUUUAUUUAUUUCUUUAUUAUUAUUAUUAUUAUUAUUAUUAUAUAUAUAUAUCAAUUGAUUCUCACUUUUUUGAUUUAUUCUCUUACUAUGUCUUUUUUUUUUUUUAUCGAUGAUUAUUUUUAUCCAUCACAUACCUUUUCCUCUCUCCUUUUAUUACUAUUAUUCUAAUAAACGCUCUAUUUGAGCAUUUCUUUUAUGAUUA